GGUAUAAAAAAAAGUCCUAAUAUAAUGUGUGAAUAAUAAUUCACAGACGAACAUGGUCUACCACUAGAUUUAAGUUUAGGUUCCAUCAAAAGCUACAACAUUAUUACACCGACUAUUUGUUCAUGUAGAGAAUGCGUGAUAUUGAUUGGUUUAACAAAAUAACUUGACAUCAUCUAAACUUAUCCUUACCUUAUAUUAAUAAUCAAUUAUCAGAGUCAAGAAAUAAGCCUUCGCAUCUUGAGUGGUUAGACCUCCAAUGAAUUACCGAUUACUUAUAUGCCGCUCAUACAAAAAUUAUACUUUCGCUCUUUGUUCUCACACGGUAAUACCGCCACUCACUCAAGCAGAGCUAUUUAUAGCAUACCGUCUCGUGUAAGAGACAAAAGAGGUACGUAUAAAAAGUGUCUUUUGUUUUUAUAAGCAUGCAUUUCAUAUAAAAGCUGUAGAAUUAUGUUAUAUUUCAGUCGGUUUUCAGUUUUCAAGUCUAAAAGAAUCUUAACGCUUGUAGUUUACUAAACCAAAGGUCAAAGCAUGAUCGUGACCAAAAUCAGUUGCUGUGUGUUUCUAUUCCUUCUCGGCUCGAGCUACCAAGCUAACGCCCAAUUCAAUCCCAAUUAUGCAUCGGGACGUACAACAAUGGUGCAUCUCUUCGAGUGGAAGUGGAACGAUAUAGCUACAGAGUGUGAGAAUUUUCUUGGCCCCAAGGGUUAUGCUGGUGUGCAAGUCUCGCCGGUAAAUGAGAAUAUCGUUGUGCCGAAUCGUCCAUGGUGGGAACGUUACCAACCCAUUUCCUACCUCUUGACCACACGUUCAGGCAAUGAGCAACAGUUUGCCAAUAUGGUGAGACGUUGUAACAACGUCGGAGUGCGCAUCUAUGUGGAUGCGGUGUUCAACCAUAUGGCCGCCGAUCGCGCAAAUGCGCGCGGCACUGCUGGCUCAACAGCUAACCCUGGAAGCAAGAGUUAUCCUGCGGUUCCCUACUCCAACGCAGAUUUUCAUGCUACCUGUGCCAUCAACAACUACAAUGAUGGCAAUCAAGUACGCAACUGUGAGUUGGUUGGCCUAAAAGAUCUGGAUCAAAGUAAGUCGUGGGUGCAAGAUCGUAUUCUUGACUUCCUCAACAAACUAAUUAGUUUGGGCGUUGCUGGUUUCCGAGUUGAUGCCGCCAAACAUAUGUGGCCAGCCGAUUUAAAGAAUAUCUACAACCGUUUGAAUAACUUAAAUACUCAACCCGGUUUUGCUGUUGGCUCUCGUCCAUUUAUUUACCAAGAGGUCAUUGAUUUGGGUGGCGAAGCAGUCUCUAAACACGAAUACACUGGUUUGGGCGUGGUCACCGAAUUCCUUCAUUCCGCCUCUAUUGGCAAGGUAUUCAGAGGUGGAGACCAACUUCGUUGGUUAACCAAUUGGGGUACUGCAUGGGGCUUUCUUCCCUCGACUAGUGCUUUUGUUUUUGUGGACAAUCACGAUAAUCAGCGUGGACAUGGUGCUGGUGGUAGUGAUAUUCUCACCUACAAAAAUGCGAAACAAUACAAAAUGGCCAGCGCUUUCAUGUUGUCUCAUCCAUUUGGCAUUCCACGUGUCAUGUCUUCGUUUGCAUUCGACAACACCGAUCAAGGUCCACCAACAACCGACGGUAAUAAUAUUGCCAGUCCCACAUUCAAUGCUGAUAAUUCCUGCAGUGGUGGUUGGAUAUGUGAACAUCGUUGGCGUCAAAUUUACAAUAUGGUUGGCUUCAGAAACAUCGUAUCCGGCACUAAUGUACAGAACUGGUGGGACAAUGGCAGUAAUCAGAUCGCCUUCUGUCGUGGCAAUAGGGGCUUCGUAGCAUUCAACAAUCAAAAUAACGAUUUAAACACCUCGUUACAGACCUGUCUGCCGGCGGGCACCUACUGUGACAUCAUCUCCGGCGAAAAGUCGGGUUCAAGAUGUACAGGAAAAUCGGUUGUGGUGGGCUCCGAUGGUCGUGCCAAUAUUUCAAUUCGUCAAAAUGAGAACGAUGGAGCUUUGGCUAUACAUGUGGCAUCCAAAUUGUGAAAGGAACUCUGAUCGUACUAGGUGUUAUUAUGGUUAUAACCUAUAUUGCCGGGUUUAAAUAAAUGCGUUGAAGAAAAUCAAA